AUGCUGUCGUCGACUCCCUCAUCUACGACCUCCCAACAGCACUACCUCAUGUACGAAGAAGAUAACACCACGGCGGACCAGAAGAUUAACGAGGAUAGAAUGAUUCUCAACGCCACUGCGGCUACGGAAAAUCUUAUGGCCAGUAGCGGGAGUGGGAGUGGAAGUGGAAGUGGAAGUGUAAACAGUAGCGUAGCCUCAGGAGGUACUUUUGGUAUGGGGAUUGGCAUGAACAGUGGCGCGACUACUGGCCACGGCGGAAGGCUGCCUGGGUACUGGCAACAUGCGGCUACCUCUGCGGCUGGCUACUGGUCCUCGCUUUUUGACUCUUGGACUAAUAAUUCUAUUGGCUCACAGUCAUUGUCUCUCGCUUGGGACGAUAAUCGUAAUCAGUGA